CAAGGCGUCGAGGCGAAUAAGGCGAGCAAGACGAACAAGGGGAUGGCUAAUCGUUUAAUGAUAUACCGAAUUGAGGCCGCUUACGCGAGGCUUGCGCCGAAGGCUUACGCGACGCUUCCUCGAGGCUUUCCCAACGAGGUUACACGUCAAUGUUUCUUCCCGUCCGAGGAUACGCAGCUUUCGACCCAGCAACCCAAUUACGCUCUAGUACCGAUCGUCGUUUCCAUCGAAACCAAUUCUCCUCCGUUUCGUUGCGAAAAGAGGGACGACAGUUCGGAGGGAAACGAAUUGCGCGGUCGCUCCUCCAUUGUUCGUCAAUCUCGAUUGUUGCGCGUUCAACGAGGCUGCAACCCGAAAGACGAAUAGGACGCACGGCCGAAUUAGUCGAGAGUCGUCCGCGACCGAUCGAAGAAGCUCGCUCGAAAUCCCGUUCUCGAGCAUGAGCCGCGCGAUCCAGGUUCUUCUACUCUUUCUGCUCCUCUCGACGACGACGAUCCGGCGCUACCUCGCGUUGCCGUGGUCCGAAACGACCAGCGAUUGCGUCGUUCCGAAUUCGAACGUCGAACGAUUGACGGCGGCGGAGGCGGAGCCGGGAUCGGAAUCGGGAAUGCGCGCAGGAGCUGUGGUCGAGGGCAGCGAUCUCUCGAUUUUCUUAGAGGAACUCGAGGGCCGACUGUCGCGACUCGAGAGAAGAUUGAGAGCAGUCGAGCAACCCGUUUGGCAGAUGGGCGCUGCCGAGGAAGACUGGGAGAUUUGCGCCGAAGGUCCGUGUCGGUGUCAGCCCGAGAUCAAGUCGGUGUCAUGCUGGAGGCAAGAGCUGUUGGACCUUCCGGCCGCACAGCUCGUUCCGAAGGAUGUGUUGAAAUUGGAUCUGGCCGGGAACCGACUGACGGCGCUUCACAGAGACACCUUUUUGGACAUGACAAGACUGAAUCAUCUAGAUCUCAGCGACAACUCGAUCGAACACCUCCCGUUGAACUUGUUCUUCUCGCUGCAAGCAGUCACGCACCUGAGAUUGAGCAAAAAUUUACUGAGGGAGCUGCACCGUUCUCAGUUCUUCAGCAUGCGUAAUCUUCGGAUGCUGGACGCUUCCUCGAACAGGCUGCGAACGCUGCCGGAAAGCCUCUUCUUGAGCACCAACCUGCUGGUGUUGCUCGAUCUAUCGUGCAAUCGGAUCUCGACGCUCACGGUAGGUACGUUUCGCGGAUUGUCGACGCUGGAGGAACUGCUUUUAGGGAAGAACCGGCUCUCGUCGUUGCCGAACGAUCUCUUCGGGGAUCUGGCGAGUCUCAGGUUCCUCAGUCUGGAGGACAAUCGACUGAAGGCGUUGCCCGAUCAAGUUUUCCGCGGACAGGCGUCGCUACGGGAACUGAACGUGAGAGGAAAUAAUCUCGCCGAGAUAUCCGCCGAAUUGUUGGUCCCGCUGGAACAGCUGCGCUCCCUAGAAAUGUCCAACAACAAAAUCUCACGGAUACACCUGACCGCUUUCCACGGUCUUACGGCACUCAAAGAUCUUCAGCUGGGCCACAAUCGAAUACGAAACGUGACACCGGGUCUGUUCUCGACCUUGAGCUCGCUGGAGCGACUGGUGCUGUACGCGAACGGCAUCGAAAGGCUGACGCACGGCGCGUUCCGCGGUCUCUCGAAUUUGACGUCUCUGUUUCUGCACUCGAAUCAUCUCAGGAUCCUGCAUCCGGAGCUGUUCCAGGACACGCCGAACCUUCGGAAAUUACAGCUGGAGUCGAAUUAUCUGUCCUCGCUACCGGCUCGGAUCUUGGACCCGGUAGCGUCCAUUGAGCAGCUUCGUCUCGCUCGAAAUCCGUGGCACUGCGACUGCGCCGUCUCUUACUUGGCUACGUGGCUGCAGAAACGAUAUCGUUCCCGAGAGAACGCCACCGCGAACUCGUCCGAGAGCGAAAGUUUCGCCGCAUGGGAAUUCGGAGCCGGAGCAGUAUGCAGGGGGCCCGGCACUCUGGGCGGCAAGAUGCUGAUGCGCCUGUCGAUCUACGAGCUCUGCGAGGGUCAAUGGGCCUCGAUGAGGGGCCUGGUACCGCGAUUGCCUAUAGACCACGUCGGCCACGGGUCAGCAGCUAGCAACACUACCGAAUCCUCGGAUAAACCGUCGGCGCAAGACUCCACUUCGUCGCCGGCUUAACGAACAUUCCCAUUUUCCUCGCGUUACUCGCGACGCGUUGACUCGUUCCACCGAGUUUGCUCGCCGAGAAUGGAAUAUUACAAACAUAACACAACGCUUCGA